CGGCCUCCUCCCCGUGCGGGCCCGGCCGAGCCUUCUCCCGGCCCGGGCGGCCGCGCCAUGCUGCCCUUCACGGUCAACAUCAAGCUGUCGGCCCGGAUCCUCACCGGCGCCCUGAGCGCGCAGAACAGGGGGGCGGCGGACUGGGGCUGGCAAGGUUUGAUUGCAUAUGGAUGUCAUUCCCUUGUACUAGUAGUUGAUUCCUACACUGCCCAAACUUUACAAGUUUUGGAAAGGCACAAAGCCAGCGUUGUCAAGGUUAAAUGGGCUAAAGAAAACUACCACCACAACAUUGGCUCUCCAUAUUCUCUGCGUUUAGCCUCUGCUGAUGCCACUGGAAAAAUAAUUGUUUGGGAUGUGGCAACAGGAACAGCACGCUGUGAAAUACAGGAGCAUACAAAACCAAUCCAAGACAUGCAAUGGUUAUGGAAUCAGGAUGCUUCCCGAGACUUACUCCUAGCAGUUCAUCCACCAAACUACAUUGUCCUGUGGAAUGCAGACACAGGCACCAAGCUCUGGAAGAAAAGUUAUGCAGAAAACAUUCUUUCCUUUUCAUUCGACCCCUUUGAUCCUUCACAUUUAGCUUUGCUCACCAGUGAGGGCAUAGUGUUCGUCUCAGACUUCUCUCCUUCCAAGGCUCCUGCCAGCUCAGGGAAAAAAGUAUACAUCUCUAGUCCACAUUCUAGUCCUUCUCACAAGCUGGUUGCUGCUACAGGAGCUAAAAAAGCCCUUGAUAAAGUAAAAAUUCUAAUCAGUAAUGAAAAACCAAGUGCUGAGUCCGUAACCCUGAAUGACUGCCUUCAGUUGUCAUACCUCCCUUCGAAAAGAAACUACAUGUUGCUACUCUAUCCCAGAGAAAUUUUGAUUCUUGACCUGGAAGUGAACCAGACAGUGGGUGUGAUAGCAAUUGAAAGAACAGGGAUACCUUUUCUACAGGUAAUUCCCUGCUUUCAACGUGAUGGUUUGUUUUGCCUACAUGAAAAUGGAUGUAUAACUUUAAGAGUUCGCAGAUUGAACAGUAUAAUUGGCUCUCCAAAUGAGGAACCAGAUCCAGAUCCGGUACAGGAGCUGAUCUAUGACUUACGAAGUCAGUGUGAUGCAAUUAGGGUAACAAAGACAGUUCGCCCAUUCAGCAUGGUUUGUUGCCCAGUGAAUGAAAACUCUGCAGCUCUCAUCGUCAGUGAUGGCAGGGUAAUGAUAUGGGAACUGAAGUCUACCAUUUCUGGCAGAAGCUUACGUGUCAGCAAUUCAAGUGUAUCACCUUUGUAUUCGCCAGCCUCUUUCUGUGGAAUCCCUGUAGGAGCAUUCCAGAACAAACUUCCAGACCUUUCACUAGAUAACAUGAUAGCAGGACAAGGCACAGUGGCUGAAGAACAGUUAAAAAAUUAUUUCUUGCAAGAAAUUCACCUGAAAUUUCUGCUGACGGGGCUGCUUUCAGGGCUUCCCCUGCCUCAGUUUGCUAUCCGUAUGUGUCCACCUCUUACAACAAAAAACCUUAAGCAGUAUCAAGCACUCCUAGCUGUUGGGACAAGUAAUGGCUCCGUCUUGGUGUAUAAUCUUACCAGUGGACUGCUACACAAGGAGUUAAGCAUUCAUUCCUGCGAAGUCAAAGCCAUUGAAUGGGUCAGCUUGACUGGUUUCCUCUCCUUUGCUACAUCAGCACCCAACAAUUUGGGGUUAGUACGGAAUGAGCUGCAGCUGGUUGAUCUCCCAACAGGCAGGAGCAUUGCAUUCCGUGGGGAACAAGGCAAUGAUGAACCAGCCAUUGAAAUGAUAAAGGUGUCUCAUUUGAAGCAGUACCUAGCUGUAGUAUUUAAAGACAAACCUCUGGAGAUCUGGGAUGUGAGGACAUGUACUCUUCUUAGAGAAAUGCCAAAAAACUUCCCUGUGGUGACUGCUUUGGAAUGGUCACCUUCCCAUAACUUGAAGAGUUUGAGAAAAAAACAGCUUGCAGCCCGUGAAGCUAUGGCCCGACAGACGGUUGCAUCCGAUACAGAACUUAUUAGUGUGGAAUCUUCUGUUAUCAGCUUAUUACAGGAGGCCGAAAGUAAAUCUGAGCUGAGUCAGAACAUUUCUGCCAGAGAGCACUUCGUGUUUACAGAUACCGAUGGGCAGAUUUAUUAUCUCACAGUAGAGGGAAACUCGGUAAAAGACAGUGCAAGAAUUCCUCCUGAUGGAAACAUGGGAAGUAUUACUUGUAUUGCAUGGAAAGGGGAUACCCUGGUUCUCGGAGAUGUUGAUGGAAACUUAAACUUUUGGGAUUUAAAAGCUAGAGUAUCCAGGGGGAUCCCUACCCAUCGUGGCUGGGUGAGAAAAAUACGCUUUGCCCCUGGAAAAGGAAACCAAAAACUGAUAUCCUUGUUCAAUGAUGGAGCUGAAGUUUGGGAUGCAAAAGAGGUACAGAUGGUGAGCAGUUUAAGAAGUGGAAGAAAUGUCAACUUCCGAAUACUGGAUGUAGAUUGGUGUACCUCGGAUAAAGUGACUUUGGCAUCAGAUGAUGGGUGCAUCAGAGUUCUAGAGAUGUCUAUGAAGUCAUCAUGCUUUAAAAUGGAUGAACAAGAGUUGACAGAACCUGUGUGGUGUCCUUAUCUCCUUGUUCCACGGGCCUCAUUAGCUUUAAAAGCAUUUUUGCUGCACCAGCCAUGGAAUGAUAAAUAUUCUCUAGAUAUUUUUCAUGUUGAUUAUCCAGAGAAUGAAAAUGUUAAGAAACUGAUUCAAGAACAGUUAAAUUCAUUGUCCAAUGACAUCAAGAAACUUUUGCUUGAUCCUGAAUUUACUCUCUUGCAAAGGUGCCUCCUGCUUUCAAGACUCUAUGGUGAUGAAUCUGAACUGCAUUUCUGGACUGUUGCUGCCCAUUAUUUGCAUAAUUUAUACCAGGAAAAAGUGCAAACUGCAAAAACUACAGACACAGUUAUUCUUCCAGAAAAACUGGUCAAUCCAUUGGAUAUAUGUUAUGAUAUACUGUGUGAAAAUUCCUAUUUUCAGAAAUUUCAGCUUGAAAGAGUAAAUCUACAGGAAGUUAAAAGAUCAACUUAUGAUCAUACCAGGAAAUGUGCUGACCAACUCCUCCUCCUUGGACAGACUGACAGAGCAGUACAACUACUGUUAGAGACAAGUGCAGAAAAUCCACAUUAUUACUGUGAUUCACUCAAGGCCUGUUUGGUCACAACAGUCACUUCAUCAGGUCCUUCUCAAAGCACUAUUAAACUGGUAGCAACCAAUAUGAUAGCAAAUGGAAAGCUGGCAGAGGGAGUGCAGUUGCUGUGUCUGAUAGAUAAAGCUGCUGAUGCCUGUCGCUAUUUGCAAACCUACGGUGAAUGGAAUCGUGCAGCUUGGCUUGCAAAAGUUCGUUUAAAUGCAGAGGAGUGUGCUGAUGUCUUGAAGCGCUGGGUGGAUCACCUUUGCUCUCCACAAAUCAACCAAAAAUCAAAGGCCAUCCUUGUCCUCUUGUCACUUGGAUGCUUUACAAGAGUUGCAGAGAUGCUGCACAGCAUGAGGUAUUUCGAUAGAGCUGCUUUAUUUGUUGAAGCUUGUCUGAGGUAUGAUGCAAUAGAAGUUAAUGAAGACACAAAUAAAUUGAUCCAUUCGAUAUUUGCAGAUUAUGCCAGAAGCUUGAAGACAUUGGGUUUUAAACAUGGAUCUAUUCAAUUUGCCUCGAAAGCAGGAGCAGCUGGGAAAGAUCUAUUGAAUGAGCUUGAACAGCCUAAACAGGAAGUGACUAAAGGAUGACAACUCUAAGCUUAAUCACA